AUGGGGAAAUUGUCUCCUAGGUAUUAUGGACCCUUCCAAAUCUUGAAAAAAAUUGGUCAGGUGUCUUACAAGCUAGACUUACCAUCAAAUUCCAAGUUGCAUUCCACGUUUCAUGUUUCAUGUCUAAAAGCAAAAUUGGGUCAGCAUGUGGCAGCCAUUCCUACUCUUCCAGCUGCAGAUGCAGAGGGCAUCUUGAAUCCUAAACCCAUUGCUAUGUUGCAGGAGAGGUCCCAUCAGUUGAGGAAUAGGACUGUGACUCAAGUCUUAAUUCAGUGGCACGGGGAAGGUGUGGAGAAUGCUACUUGGGAGAAUUUGUACCAGCUGCAGCAACAAUAUCCUCACCUUGUGGGCAAGAGGGUGCUGGUGUUGGGGUGCAGAGCAGGCUGUGAUGCAAGGCUGUGCAAGCUAGGAUGCAACAGUGAUGCAGGAUGUGAUGCAGCAAUGGUGUAG